GAAGUUUUGAAAAGGAUCACAGCUAUGGGAUACACCUGUUGGAAGCUCACAAAAUUAUACGGGGAGUUCAGGGAAAGUUGGAAUGGUCACUUCUGUGUUUGCUAAAUUUUACUGAAGCUGAUUAUUCCCGCACCACCCCCCCAAGCUGGGAUUUAAACCUUGAGGGUUCGGUCCUUGGAAACAGCCAUGCAGUGGAAAAUACUUCCCAUAUACUUGCUGCUCCUCUCUGUUUUCUUGAUUCAGCAAGUUUCUUCUCAAGAUUUACCAAGCUGUGCAGGGAGAUGUGGGGAAGGGUAUUCUAGAGAUGCCAUCUGCAACUGUGAUUAUAACUGUCAACACUACAUGGAGUGCUGCCCUGAUUUCAAGAAAGCCUGCACUGUGGAGCUUUCCUGUAAAGGUCGCUGCUUCGAGUCCUUUGCACGAGGGAGGGAGUGUGACUGUGACUCAGACUGUAAGAAGUAUGGCAAGUGCUGUCCCGAUUAUGAGGAUUUUUGUGGAAGAGUGCAUAAUCCCACAUCACCUCCAUCUUCAAAGACUGCACCUCCAUCUCCAGGAGCAUCUCAAACCAUCAAAUCAACAGCCAAACGUUCACCCAAAGCACCAAAUAAGAAGAAGACUAAGAAAGUUAUAGAAUCAGAGGAAAUAACAGAAGAACAUUCUGUUUCUGAAAACCAAGAGUCUUCUUCCUCCUCUUCCUCUUCCUCUUCAACUAUUCGGAAAAUCAAGUCUUCCAAAAAUUCAGCAGCUAAUAAAGAAUUAAAGAAGAAACCCAAAGUAAAAGAUAACAAGAAGGAAAGAACUCCUAAAAAGAAACCUCCGCCAGAACCACCAGUUGUAGAUGAAGCUGGAAGUGGACUGGACAAUGGUGACAUCAAGCUCACCCCAACUCCUGACAUUCCUACCACCCAACGCAAUAAGGUUACCACAUCUCCCAAGUUUACAACAGGCAAACCAAUAAAUCCUAAACCUAGUCUUCCACCUAAUACUGAUACAUCCAAAGAGACCUCUUCAACACCUAAUAAGGAGACAACAGUGAAAAGUAAAGAGACUUUAGCAAACAAAGAGACUUCAAGUAAAGCAAAAGAGAAGAUUACUUCAGCCAAAGAGACACGAAGUGCAGAGAAAACACCUGCUAAAGAUUUUGUACCCACAACCAAAGCUCCUGUUAAAUCUACACCCAAAGCUGAAAGUACAACCAAAUCUCCUGCUCCCACCACCACCAAGGAGCCCACUCCUACCACCACCAAGAAGCCUGCACCCACUACCCCCAAGAAACCUGCUCCCACUACUCCCAAGGAGCCUGUACCCACUACCACCAAGGGGCCACCCACCACGCCCAAGAAACCUGAACCCACCACUCCCAAGGAUCCUGCUCCCACCACCACCAAGGAGCCCACUCCCACCACCCCCAAGAAGCCUGCUCCCACUACUCCCAAGGAGCCUGUACCCAUUACCACCAAGGAGCCUGAACCCACCACCCCCAAGGAGCCUGCUCCCACCACUCCCAAGGAGCCUGUACCUACUACCACCAAGGAGCCACCCACCACCCCCAAGAAGCCUGAACCCACCACUCCCAAGGAGCCUGCUCCCACCACUCCCAAGGAGCCUGUACCCACUACCACCAAGGAGCCUGAACCCACCACUCCCAAGGAGCCUGCACCCACCACCCCCAAGGAGCCUGCUCCCACUACUCCCAAGGAGCCUGUACCUACUACCACCAAGGAGCCACCCACCACCCCCAAGAAGCCUGAACCCACCACUCCCAAGGAGCCUGCUCCCACCACUCCCAAGGAGCCUGUACCCACUACCACCAAGGAGCCUGAACCCACCACUCCCAAGGAGCUUGCACCCACCACCCCCAAGGAGCCUGCUCCCACUACUCCCAAGGAGCCUGUACCUACUACCACCAAGGAGCCACCCACCACCCCCAAGAAGCCUGAACCCACCACUCCCAAGGAGCCUGCUCCCACCACUCCCAAGGAGCCUGUACCCACUACCACCAAGGAGCCUGAACCCACCACUCCCAAGGAGCCUGCACCCACCACCCCCAAGGAGCCUGCUCCCACUACUCCCAAGGAGCCUGUACCUACUACCACCAAGGAGCCACCCACCACCCCCAAGAAGCCUGAACCCACCACUCCCAAGGAGCCUGCUCCCACCACUCCCAAGGAGCCUGUACCCACUACCACCAAGGAGCCUGAACCCACCACUCCCAAGGAGCUUGCACCCACCACCCCCAAGGAGCCUGCUCCCACUACUCCCAAGGAGCCUGUACCUACUACCACCAAGGAGCCACCCACCACCCCCAAGAAGCCUGAACCCACCACUCCCAAGGAGCCUGCACCCACCACCCCCAAGGAGCCUGCUCCCACUACUCCCAAGGAGCCACCUACCACCCCCAAGAAGCCUGAACCCACCACUCCCAAAGAGGCUGCUCCCACCACCAAGAAACCAGCUGCCACCACUCCCAAGGAGCCUGCACCCACUAUCACUAAGGAGCCUGCACCAACUACUCCCAACAAGCCUGAACCCACCACUCCCAAAGAGCCUGUGCCCACAACCCCCAAGGAGCCUGAACCCACUCCCCCUAAGGAACCUGCUCCUACCACCACCAAGGACCCUGCACCUACCAGUCCCAAGGAACCUACUCCCACCGCCCCCAAGGAGCCUGUACCUACUGCCCCCAAGGAGCCUGAACCCAUGGCCCCCAAGAAGCCUGUACCCACUGCCCCCAAGCAGCCUACACCCACCACCCCCAAGGAGCCUUCACCCACUGUCCCCAAGGAGCCUGAACCUAUGGCCCCCAAGGAGCCUGUACCCACAGCUCCCAAGAAACCUGCACCCACCGCCCCCAAGGACCCUGCACCCACCGCCCCCAAGGAGCCUGAACCCACUGCCCCCAAUAAGGAAUCUGCACCCACCACAUCCAAGGAACAGGUUCCCAUCACCACCAAGGAGCCCACACCCAAACUCCCGAAGGAGCCUGCUCCAGCCUCUCUUGAGACGCCUGCUCCAACCACCUCAGACGCCUUUACUACAACUACGACUAUGGAGCCUCCCACUACUCCCAAGAACCCUGCUGAGUCAACUCCUAAGUUUCCUGCAGAACCCACACCAAAGCCUCUUGAAAACAGUCCCAAAGAACCAGUUGUACCUAUAACCAAGGCUCCUGAAGUGACCAAACCUGAAAUGACUACAACAGCUAAAGAUAAAACAACAGAAAAAGACAUAAUACCUGAAAUUACAACUGCUGUACCUAAGAUUACAACCCAGGAGACAGCAACUCCAACAGAAGAAACGACCACUGAGUCCAAAACAAGUACAACCACACAAGUAACAUCUACCACAUCAUCCAAAAACACUCCUAAAGCAACAACUCUCGCACCCAAAGUAAUGACUGCAACACAAAAGACAACUACAACUGAAGAGACUAUGAAUAAACCUGAAGAAACCACAGCUGUGCCAAAGGAUACAGCUACGAGUACUAAAGUCUCAACUCCUAGACCCCGAAAGCCAACCAAAGCACCAAAGAAGCCCACUUCUACCAAAAAGCCAAACACAAUACCUAAAAGAAAAAAACCAAAGACUACACCAACUCCCCCAAAGAUGACUACAUCGACAAUGCCCAAAUUACACCCUACCUCUUCAGUGGAAGCCAUGCUCCAAACUACCACCAGCCCCAACCAAAGACCUAACUCAGAAAUAGUUGAAGUAAAUCCAAAUGAAGAUACAGAUGCUGCUGGAAAAAAACCUCACAUGUUCCCCAGGCCCCCUGUGUUAACUCCUAUAUUUAUCCCAGGGACUGAUAUCUUAGUGAGAGGAUCCAAUCAAGACAUUGCCAUCAAUCCCAUGCUUUCAGAUGAGACUAAUUUAUGCAACGGUAAGCCAGUAGAUGGACUGACUACUUUGCGCAAUGGAACCAUGGUCGCAUUUCGAGGUCAUUAUUUCUGGAUGCUGAGUCCAUCCAAUCCACCAUCUCCACCUCGUAAAAUUACUGAAGUUUGGGGUAUUCCCUCCCCCAUUGAUACUGUUUUUACUAGGUGCAACUGUGAAGGAAAAACUUUCUUCUUUAAGGGUUCCCAGUACUGGCGUUUCACCAAUGAUAUAAAAGAUGCAGGGUAUCCCAAACAAAUUGUAAAAGGAUUUGGAGGACUAAAUGGAAGAAUAGUGGCAGCUCUCUCAAUAGCUAAAUACAAGGACAGACCUGAAUCUGUGUAUUUUUUCAAGAGAGGUGGCAGCGUUCAGCAGUACACUUAUAAACAGGAACCCAUCAAAAAGUGCACUGGAAGAAGGCCCGCUAUCAAUUACCCAGUGUAUGGAGAAACAACACAGGUUAGAAGACGUCGCUUUGAACGCGCCAUAGGACCUUCUCAAACACACACCAUCAGAAUUCACUAUUCACCCAUCAGAGUCUCUUAUCAAGAUAAAGGUUUCCUCCAUAAUGAAGUCAAAAUGAGUUCACAGUGGAGAGGAUUUCCAAAUGUGGUUACUUCAGCUAUAGCACUGCCCAACAUCAGAAAACCUGAUGGCUAUGAUUACUACGCCUUUUCUAGGAAUCAAUACUAUAACAUUGAUGUACCCAGCAGAACAGCAAGAGUUGUUACUACUCGUUUUGGGAGGACCUUAUCCAAUAUCUGGUACAACUGUCCUUAGACCCACAGGCAAAGAAGAAGUCAACUAAUUAAAUGAAGAAUGAAAAAUUUUGACACUGAAAUACAUUUUAUUAAUAAAGAAUGUUGAGAGAAGCAUACCAAUUUAAAUACAAAAAUGUUUUUAAUCUCGACAAUCAUUAUACUAAAACAGGCUUGAGAAUCUUAUUCACAAUUAUUACAGUUUACAGGACAUUUAAUUAAUAUUUCCUCUAUUUAUUCCUCCUCUCCCUCCCAUUGCAUGGCUCACACCUAUAAGAGAAAAAAAUAACCAAACUGAAUGUAUCUUUUAAGAAGUUAGCUCAAAACUGGAGUAUUCACUUACCCUAGGUCACUAUAAAAAUUGUUUUCAAUAUCAAAUAUCUAGGUAUAUAGAUAUAAAACUGUUAGACAUUUCACACACCUUCAGUUGAAAAUUAUUACAAUUAGAUUAAUAUUUUCAUGGCAUGAAUACAAUCUCUAAGGGUUACAUUAGAAAACAUGGAAAUAUUAAAAUUUUUAAUUAGUUAAACAAAGUCACAAAGCUUUAUUUUGUUGUGUAAAAAGUUUAACAACAGGCAGAGAUGUAACAAAUGACUAUCUAGUACCAUAACACUUUAGCUUCUCCAAAUCUUAUUUGAAUUCAAGGAAGAAAUGAAUAAAUAUGAAAUAUAAGCACAUAUUCAUUAUAUACCUAUAGUUUACAAAUCUUCCUACAAGCAGCUUACAGAUUAGUAAACAUCACAUGCUCAAUGUAUAAUUAUUUAAUCAAUCUUUGGAACAUUAAAAAAAAAAAACUAAUACAAGUUAGAAGCUUAAGGAUUAGAAAACUUGUUCCAUUUAUUACUAUCCUACAUUCUAUCACAUAAUCAAUAUGUCAGAAAUUUACCUCUCUGUCUGUUAAACUGACGACCACGGACACCUUGUCUCAAUGUUGUCUGAAGUCUUACUCUUCUGAAAGGCUUUGGUUGACUACUGCUAGUAUCUAAGAAAAAAAAAACCAAACAGUAAAAUAUAAGAAAGCAAAUUAAUAAAUAAGAAAAGCAUUUAUAAUGGCAAAAUCUAGUUACUAAAUAAAUGCAUGGAUAAAA